GCUCAGCCAUGUGGGCGGGGCUGGGGCUAGUUCUGGCUCUCUGUCUCCUUCCAGGAGGAGGGGCAGAGAUCCAGAACUGUGAGAAGCCCCCAGAAUGGCAUAUUGGGGAGGAGAACCCAAUGCUGAGCUCUAGAGGCUCAGUGACAGUGGUGGCUCUCCUCCAAGCUAGCUGAUACUUGUGCCUGCUGCAGGCUUCCAGAUUGGAGGACCUGCGAGUGAAGUUAGAGAAUGAAGGACUGGUCAAUAUCUCGUAUGUCGUUGUUAACCAUCAGGGAGCUUAUUCACAAAGAAAAUUUCACCUACUGAAAGAAAGUGUUUCAGAAUAUAUUACUGUCUACCAGCAAGAUGACCAGCAGCCUGAUGUCUGGACUACCUUAAAUGGAAACAAGGAUGACUUUCUCAUCUAUGACAGAUGCGGCCGUCUAGUGUAUCACCUGGGUCUGCCCUAUUCCUUCCUGUCUUUCCCAUAUGUAGAAGAAUCCAUUAAGAUUGCAUACUGUGAAAACAAGUGUGGAAACUGCUCUUACACGGAACCUGAUAUUGAUGGUGUAUGUGAAAACAUCACUAAAAUAGCUGAUGAAAAGCUAGAAGACAUAGAACUCAACCCAGCUGGUCACCAUCCGCAUCACCACAACUUGCACAGACAUAGGCACCACCACCACCACCGCAAUGGCAGUCAUCAUUCCAAAAACGAGAACCAUCAGGCUCCUUCUGAAACUAAAAGACAUCAUCCUCACAGGCAUCAUAGGGUUUUUGGCCGUGACAGACACCAUCAUGCAGGUAGUCAUGAACAGACAGACACUGUUCCUCUAGGAGAAAGUACAGGAAUUACACAAGAUAAAAAGCUAUGAAAAAAGGGGAAAACUAGCUGUAAAAAUCAGUUAACUUGAAAUUGGGAGACAGCAUCAGAUGCAGCUUCUAGCAGCUGAUGCUGUCAUUGUCGACACCUUCUGUUUGAAGAGCUAGGAAAUUCUGUCACUUGACAGUGUCGUGGAGCACUUCCAAAUUCUUGCAGGUGACAUGGCCAGCUGUCAGCUGAGGACAUCACUGAAUCUUGACAGUGACGUCUGCUUGCUGAUGCUUGACAGGCAUCAGCAGGAAGAGGAAGUGAAGGUAGUGACACCUGACAGUGACAGGAAAAGGCAAGAAACUGAGCCUGAAAAACACACUAAGCAGCUUAAAAAUGCAAGGGAGUCCUACUACCUAAAUUUGUAUGAUUGAAAGAGUGGAAAAAAAAAUUAACAGAUUAAGAGAUUCUAUUGCCCUCACUUAAAAAUCAGACAGAUUUGAAGAGUGCAGGUGUUGCAAAGAAGUAGACUUUUAGAGCAGUGCUCUUCGAAUAAUGCAAUACCUGUCAAAUUCCAUCAGUGAAAAGCUUUGUAACUUAAGAAUUUUAAUUGACCCAUAGUUUGUUUUUCAGUUGCACUGGGAAGGUGUCUGCAUUCUUGAUUAAUUUGUCUUUUUUGUUUGUCUUCUAACAUUCUGCUUGCAUUUGUGAGGACAGGAGCAUAAACUAUGACCUAGGGGCUUCUGUCUGAUGUUUUGCAAUCAAGAAUAGAAGAUGACCAAAAGAGAUAUUUUAAUCAUUUUUAUUAAGAACA